AUGCCCGACAAGCGAAAGGCAUCGAUGCCCGCCCCCUCUUCUAAGCGGCCCCGCAUCUCAUAUGAUGACGAGGGUGAAGAACAGCCCGUGACACCCCACGAAAAGCCUUACAGCCACCCUCCGUAUGGCCAGAAAAACGCGUUCUUAGGUCUGGACGAUGCCAAGAACGAGCUCUGCCACGACGAUGCCGAUGACAACUACUAUAUGUGCUGA